AUGACCAAACAGCCGUUUGUUACCCAUGUUGGGACGCAAUACGCUCGCCGAGGAGAUCGCAUGCAAGAGGAGCCCUCCGCUAAAAACGCACAGGGCCUGUUCUCUCCUGAUGCGUGUAUCUUCAUUGGAAAUCUCUCGACCAAGGUCCCGGCCGAGCAGCUGGCCGAAGAUCUUAAGAGGGUCUUCUUGCAGUUCGGCCCUUGCCAUGUUAAGAUUAAACAAGACAAAAAGAGAAAUCUACCCGGUGCUUUUGUGCAGUUCGAGCGAGUUGAGGAUGCUAACGCAGCCUUAGAAUGCGACCAAAGCACAGAACUACAUGGCCGUUAUCUAAGAGUUGAGAAAGCAAAGGGAAGACGAACGGCUCUUCUCGGUUUCCGCUCUGGUGCGCCCAUCUCCGAACAAGAAGUGUUAUCUGUCCUGGGAGGACGUGGUGUUCUUGAGGCUUGGACUACCGAGUCCCAUCAGUCUGGAAAUUGGUUUUCCAACGUCGGUAAAGUUACCUUUGCCUAUGUUGAUGACUGCAAAGACGCCAUCAGGCAUUUCUCCAAGGACCAUACGUAUUACCUCUCACUUCUCGACAUGGAUGGAAGCCCUCUCAAGCCUGGCUCCGGGCCGACGAGUGAACCGCCUCAGACGAAACCAUACAACUUGCACCAGUCAUUCCGGGGCAAUCAUCCCCAGCGAGGAUUCAACGGUCGUGGAGGGCAUCGCAAUGGACCUCCACGAGGUGGCUAUCGCGGGUAUUCCAGGUAUCGCAACUCCCAGUACCACCAGGAAAACAUGCAUCCUCGGGCAUGGUCCACGAAAUACCAUACGGUGAUCACCCACCCCUUUUACCCUCAUCCACCCCCAAACAAUGGCUUUGCAUCUCCUCCGUUCAUCAUCCAUGGUCAGCCGAUGUACGGCAAUCCUUUUUCAUCUGGUCUCUCCACCCCCCAUCCCCCACCGGGAACCUUCCCCCCCAAAGGCAACAAUGGUCCAUUCAUCGUGGGCGGCCAGCCGAUGUACAGCCCUCAUCCACCGGCUUGCUGGGGCGAACCUCACCAGCAAAGCAAUGGAUAUUAUAGUCCUUCAUUCCAUAUGCCCAAUUACUCCGAGGGAUACUUCAGCCCGGACCUGGGGUACAGUGAGCCCCAUCCUCAAGAUGUGAACCUUCUCACGGUUCCGCAUAACAACAACAAGGUCACGCCGCCUAGUACCAUUGUCACGGUCAAGGAGGAUGACAGGUCGUGCACGAGCGCUGAAACAGCCACGGAGGACGAAACAGACAAGAAGCCCCGAGAAAAAGAGAGCUUCGAGCCAGAGGGAGAUACCGAGAUCGAGAGCGAGAAAAAGACCGGAAACAAGGCAGAGACCAAGCCUGAGACUAGGACCAAACCCGAAGAGGAUAUUUUUAGCCUCAAGGACCGCGAAAGGCCCAGACUGAUCCGUGUCCACGACUCAGACACUGAAGAUGAAGGGUCUGAUGACGAUAAAGACACAUCUUCAUCAGACCCAGAGACCAAGUCUGAGCCAAAGUCUAUGGCAAAAGUAGCAGAAGAAGUUGACGAAGACUACACGACCCCUGAACCCACCUCGGAGUCUGACACGACGCCUGAGACCACUCCCGACAAGAAGGAGGAGAAGGCUUCUCGCACGGACAACAUGCCCAACGAGUCAUAUGUUCUCAGAGACUGCGUUAGCAGCUCAAGUCCCCAGACUUGCAUUCGCAGACCUGUUGAUGAGGAAUACCAACUGCGAACCGGCAAGACUAUUGGGGAAUACAUUCGAAAAGGAGUCGAGGGUCUCCAAGGCGAUUACCCUAAGGAACUGAUGGAAGUCGUAGCUCGCGAAAUAGCAGCAGAAGAGCAAGAAAAGGAAAAAACGAGAAAAGAGUCUCAGGAACAAGAGCUAGAGAGCAAGGGAGGGUUGGUAGUGUAG